AUGUACAAGGUUCUUUUACUCGCCGCAGUGGUUGCAACGGUCGUUGCACGGCCACAACACGGUCACGACCAACACCACGGUCACGGUCACGCCAUCUCCUCACAGAGCAUCGUACUGCACCACACUCACGAGACCCAACGCCCUGUUCACAACGAGGAGCACCAUGAAGAGCACCACGAGGAACAAGGCAACAAACACGAACAGAGUCACCAAGAUGACCAUCACCACGAGCAGUACCACCACGAGGAACAGCAUCACGGAGAGCAACACCACUUAGAACAGCACGGCCAUGCCUCCUCCUCACAGAACAUCAAGCAGCACCACGGACAUGGCACUGAGAAGCACGUCGUGUACUAUUCUCCUCCCAAGUAUGAGUUUGCCUAUGAAGUGGAGGACCCUCACACCGGCGACAAGAAAUCCCAGCAUGAGUCUCGUGAUGGAGACGUCGUGAAGGGUGUGUACAGUUUGCAUCAGCCCGAUGGUACUAUUAGGAUCGUGGAGUACCAUGCUGACAAGAAGACUGGAUUCAACGCCAACGUCAAGUUUGUGGGUCACGCCAAGCACAUCGUUCCUGAACACCACCACCACCAUUGA